GUGUCUCUCUGGUUGGAGUUACCUAGCCGUUAAUAACCUCUAAUCAGUUAUACUAACCAUUAAUAACCUCUAAUCAGUUAUACUAACCAUUAAUAACCUCUAAUCAGUUAUACUAACCAUUAAUAACCUCUAAUCAGUUAUACUAACCAUUAAUAACCUCUAAUCAGUUAUACUAACCAUUAAUAACCUCUAAUCAGUUAUACUAACCAUUAAUAACCUCUAAUCAGUUAUACUAACCAUUAAUAACCUCUAAUCAGUUAUACUAACCAUUAAUAACCUCUAAUCAGUUAUACUAACCGUUAAUAACCUCUAAUCAGUUAUACUAACCAUUAAUAACCUCUAAUCAGUUAUACUAACCGUUAAUAACCUCUAAUCAGUUAUACUAACCAUUAAUAACCUCUAAUCAGUUAUACUAACCAUUAAUAACCUCUAAUCAGUUAUACUAACCGUUAAUAACCUCUAAUCAGUUAUACUAACCAUUAAUAACCUCUAAUCAGUUAUACUAACCGUUAAUAACCUCUAAUCAGUUAUACUAACCACGAUGUGUCUCUGGUUGGCCACACAGGGUUCAGUAUCUCUGUUGUCGUCAGUGUGUGAUAACUGGAUCCUGGCGCUGCACCAGAUCCUGUUAAUCCUGCUGGUCGUAGGGAAGUGGCUUCUCCCAAUAGCAGGAGGGGUGACCAGGGAUGAACUGUCUCAGCUCCUCCUCCACUUCAUAGGCACUGCCGCUGACAUCCUGGAGUUUACCUCAGAGACACUGUUGGAUGUCAAGGACAGCAGUCCCAGCAUGGUGUACGUCAUCCUAGGAGUCUGGACGUGGAGUAUGUUCCAGUUUCCUCUCCACCUGUCAGUGUCUACCUCCAGACCUGAUGAAUACUCCGAGGGGAAUCAGGGUGUGUCUCUGCUGGCCAGACUAAGAACAGAUAUCUGGAGCAUGGUGGAGAGCCUCUUCAUCCAGGACGGACCCUUCCUGGUGGUCCGCCUCACCCUCAUCCUCUACUUCCACGUCAUACACCAGAUGCUCAUCUUCUUUGCCAUCAAGAACUUCCUGGUGGUCAUUCUGAACUUCUACCGUCUGUCUGUCAUCUACUGCGACUACAAGGCUUCAGGUUAAUCUGAGGUUAUUGUCACGACUUCUUCCGAAGUCUGUCCCUCUCCUUGUUCGGGCGACGUUCGGCGGUCGACGUCACCGGUCUUCUAGCCAUUGCCAAUCCACCUUUAAUUUUACAUUUGUUUUUUGUCUUGUC